GUACAGGAUGGCGAUGCUGCUGCUCUCCCUUUUACAGCUUGCUGCACCCCUGUGUAGUUACUCUAGAACAAUCCGUUUCUACCUUUUUUGGUUAAACACUCCCUGAGG